UCAACCGCAGCUCCAUGCUUGUGCCCGGCUCGACUCGUCCAUCCUCGGAGAAGAGGCAGGUACCUGCCACCUGUCGGAGACUGGGGAGGGGGGAUGCGGAGGGCAGUGCCGUUUGAAGCUCAGAAAGUGAGGUGUCAACGAGAGCUUGGGCAGAAUGGGCACUAGAAAUGUAGGGCGAGUGCCAGCUGCGCUGAGGAUCUCCAGCUGUGGGUGCCAGUUUUUUUUUUCUUUUUUUUUGGGGGGGUGGGGGUGGGGGAAGCCUGCCAGCUGACAGCCCAGGGUGCCAAGAAGAGCCAUCUGUGUGCUGAUCAGUGUGUUCUAAGGAAACGCUGCUUGGGCAGGACCAGGUCUCUGAGCCCUGUGUGGGAUGUGGCUGAGAGUGAUGCCCGGACCCUGAUAACCCCCUCCCCACGUGUGCGUGGCAGCUCAUUUACUCUCUCCUCUCAAAGCUCCUGGGGGCUGUCUCCGGUCAGUUUGCCAAAGGGGGUGGGGUGGGGGGAGGGUUAAGUGAAGGGGAGAUUUUCCACCAAUCCCAAACCAGAAAGAGGUAUCUUUGAAAUUCUCACCAAUCUCAAACCAGAAGCUGGCACGCGGUGCUCCAAGGCAAGUAACUUAUACUUAACAGCCAAUGGAAGCCCUGGCCAACCCCUUCUAGCUGUCCUCUAAGGAGUGAACAUCUACCUCCUGACCCGGCUGCUCUUAGAAUGGGCCUGAGCUGGAGAUCCUGCUGAUGCUCACCUCCCCAGGCACAGGCAUGAGAAGGUCCCCCACAUCAGACUCAUACAGUGGAGAAAAGGAGAGCUGGUUGGACUGGGGUUGGAGCAGCCACCACUCCUUUGAUGCUGUAGAUGAUGCCAAACUGGAGUCGGAAUGAGAACUGGAAUGAGGGCUGGGGACGAGGGCAUGCUCUGAAGUGCAUCAUCACGACCUGAGCUGAGUCAGUAGCCACUGCUGAGACAGGGUGGAGGCACCACCCCGGGUACUCCCAGUCCUCAGGGAGAGCCGUCAAGAAACAGGAGAAACAGACUGGGAGCUGACAAGAGCACCAAGGCCUGAGAGGUUAAGAAGACUGCACCUUCCUCCUGUGACCCUGCCCAGCCAGCCCGGCUCCGUAGGCUUGGGAUCCUGAGCACACCUACAGCCCAUGAGGCUCCCAGUCCCCACUGAGUGCCGCCCUGAAGAAUGUCCCAGCUCUCCUCUACCCUGAAGCGCUACACAGAAUCAGCCCGCUACACAGAUGUCCCUUACGCCAAAUCGGGCUAUGGCAUCUACACUCCCUCUUCCUACGGGGCCAACCUGGCUGCCUCCUUCCUGGAGAAGGAGAAGCUUGGUUUCAAGCCCAGCCCCCCCACCAGCUUCCUCACCCGUCCCUGUACCUGUGGCCCCCCCUCCCUCCUGGACUAUGACCGAGGCCGCCCCCUGCUGAGACCCAGCGUCCUCGGGGGUGGUCAGCGGGCGGAGAGCCAGACUCGGGGCAGCGAGCGGCCUUCAGGGAGUGGACUCAGUGGGGGCAGUGGAUUCCCUUACGGAGGGACCACCAGCUCCCUCGGCUACCUGCCCGUCAGUGCCCGCAACCAGGGGGUAACCCUGACUCAGAAGAAGUCGAACAGCCAAUCAGACCUGGCCCGGGAUUUCUCCAGCCUCCGGACCUCAGAUAGCUACCGGCUAGACCUGGGCCGCAGCCCCAUGCUGGCCCGCACGCGCAGGGAGCUGUGCGCCCUGCAGGGGCUCUACCAGGCAGCCAGCCGCUCCGAGUACCUGGCCGACUACCUGGAGAACUACGGUGGCAAGGGCAGCGCCCCGCAGGUGCCCACCCAGGCCCUGCCCUCACGCGUCCCUGAAGUCCUCAGCCCCACCUAUCGACCCAGUGGCCGUUACACUCUGUGGGAGAAGGGCAAGGGCCAGGCCCCUGUGUCCAGCCGCUCCAGCUCCCCAGGGCGAGACAUCAUGGGAACCCACUUCACGACCCGUGCACUCAACAAUGGCCCAGCGGUGCUCUUGGAAAUGUUCGGCUACCCUCACACACACUGCGAUUCUUAUCCUCUACUUUCCCACCCAACGUGCCAGCGUCCCCUGCAGGCCCUGCCCCAUCCUGGACUGACUGCUGAGGCCCCCAGACCACCAGUGUGCCCUGUGAAUUCUAAGAGCACCCAGGGUCUGGCUGGUCUUCGUAACCUUGGGAACACGUGCUUCAUGAACUCCAUUCUGCAGUGCCUGAGCAACACCCCGGAGCUGAGAGACUACUGCCUGCAGAGGCUCUACAUGCGGGACCUCAGCCACAGCAGCAGCGCGCACACAGCCCUCAUGGAAGAGUUUGCAAAGCUAAUCCAGACCAUAUGGACCUCAUCCCCCAAUGAUGUGGUGAGCCCCUCUGAGUUCAAGACCCAGAUCCAGAGAUACGCACCACGCUUCGUUGGCUAUAAUCAGCAGGACGCUCAGGAGUUUCUUCGCUUCCUUCUGGACGGGCUCCACAAUGAGGUGAACCGGGUCACAGUGAGGCCCAAGUCCAACACUGAGAACCUUGACCAUCUUCCUGAUGAUGAGAAAGGGCGCCAGAUGUGGAGGAAAUAUCUAGAACGGGAAGACAGUCGGAUCGGGGAUCUCUUUGUUGGGCAGCUGAAGAGCUCCCUGACGUGUACGGAUUGUGGUUACUGUUCUACAGUCUUUGAUCCCUUCUGGGACCUGUCUCUGCCCAUUGCUAAGCGAGGUUAUCCUGAGGUGACUUUAAUGGACUGCUUGAGGCUCUUCACCAAAGAGGAUGUGCUUGAUGGCGAUGAAAAGCCAACAUGCUGUCGCUGCCGAGCCAGAAGACGGUGUGUAAAGAAGUUCUCCAUCCAGAGGUUCCCAAAGACCUUGGUGCUCCAUCUGAAGCGGUUCUCAGAAUCCAGGAUACGAACCAGCAAGCUCACAACAUUUGUGAAUUUCCCACUAAGAGACCUGGACUUGAGAGAAUUUGCCUCAGAAAACACCAACCACGCCGUUUACAACCUGUACGCUGUGUCCAAUCACUCCGGGACCACCACGGGCGGCCAUUACACAGCCUACUGCCGGAGUCCGGUGACAGGCGAGUGGCACACUUUCAAUGACUCCAGCGUCUCCCCCAUGUCCUCCAGCCAAGUGCGCACCAGCGACGCCUACUUGCUCUUCUACGAGUUGGCCAGUCCACCCUCCCGCAUGUAGCAACGAGGAGCUACAUCCCGUCCUCCUUCCCCGUGGUGGCCCCACACCCUAAGUUUUUUUAAAAAGACCAAAAAAGGCAAAAAAAAAAAAAAAAAAUCCUGACAAAUAAGAGAAAAAUAAGGAAAGUGAAGCCGCCGAGCAGCAGUUGCUGCAGCCUGGCCGGGGUCUGGAGCGGGGAGCCUGGUGCCCGCGAGGCCCUCCUGGCAGGGAAGAGCGGCAGGACCCAGACCCAGCCGGCACGGCGCCCCUCAGCUUCUCGUGUUUGCGUUUGUAAGCUUGGGGUUUUUUCCUGUGUGAUAAACAACGGCGGUCUGUGGGGAGAAGAUCCUUGCCCACUGGUGGAGGCUCCAGACCCGGCCUCCUGAGAAGACAGCGCCCUCUGGAGCCUGCUGGGAGGAUUGCCGCCCAGAAGCGCUGCCCUUUUUCACCUGGACCCCUGCUCACCGGUCCAGGAGCAAGAAAAACACCCAUGAGCCAAGAGCCCUCUUAACGCUGCUAACUCCAGAGGGAGAGAUGAGGGGACAUCUUUGAAAAAAGCUGCUUUUGGUUUUUAAAAGCCCAACUUUUUUUUUUAAUUACCAUAACUAAAGUUUUCAGACUGGAGAUGCUCUUUCACCUCUUCACAGCUGGGACGUUGUGCUGGUCAUUUUUGGUUUUUUUUUAAUUCUUCAAAUACAGCUUUUCUAGUGCUAGCCCCCAGUGGUGCUAGGUGGGAGUUGGCCAGGCCCCAAGCACAGCCACAGUAGACCUGGGAUCUGACAGGUUUUUUGUUUGUUUUUUAACGUUUUGGAUGGAAUCUAGUUGCCUCCAAGAAUUGUGCCUUAUAGCAUUUGGGGACCAGGGGGUAACUGCCCCUCCCUGACACAUCCCUCAGCCUCUUCCCUUUUCCCCAGUGCCAUGUUUAGAGCCUCUGGGGAGCUCGGGGUCGUGCCCGUAGCCCCUGGCUUGCUUCACAUUGCAGUGAGGUGAAGAGGAGAGUAGGUAAAAGGAGAUUUCUUCUGACAGUGUAUCAAGUUCUUCCUGCCCGCUUCCUCUAACCCAGCCGUGGUCUACUCCCAGCUGUUGGAAGGAUAGCACGAGCCCCUUACCCUUGAGCUUCUCUCACCUUUUAUUUAUUCCCCCUUAACUUGCUUUUUCUCCCCGACCUUCCUGCCCCGUCCCCCCUUCUCAGAGCCUCCUGACAUAGGCCCUUUGGACCGAGUUUCUCAGGGAUGCCCAUGCCGCCCCCAGCUCCUCUUAGUAUCGGUCUGCAGGCCAACCUGGGAGCUGGAGCCUGGGUGUUUGGGGACAUCUUGCCUCAGUUGUAUGGUUCUUUCCCAUGGGCUUGAUUCUGCCCUAAGUAGUUGGGCAAAGCUCUGUGCUGUCCCAGAGAGAAGCUGUUCAGCACCAAGGCACAGGGCUCUGUGCGUGGAGCUGUCUGCACACCUGGGCCCCGCUUGUGCCCCUCGGAGCCCAGAACUUUCCAGUGUUCCCAGGAGGCAUCAGAAAAAGACACCCUGAGUCUAACUGGCCUGACCCCCUCCUGCAGGGAAGACCUGUGAACCUGAGCCAAAGGGCUGGUGUACACUUGUUUACUGUGUAAGCAAGAGGAGAAGAAUGUGUGAUGUACAGUGGAACCUUGUACAGAAUAAAUGAUAGCUUUGAGAAAUAAGUUGGUAAGUGAUAGAAUCUUGAUUUGGUAUGGGUUUGAACCCAGGAAGCACUCCUAGCCUAUCAGUGGAGAUAUUUUACUACUUCAACCAGAUUGUAGAUUCCAAGUUCUGAAAAAAGUUAACUACCCACCUUUUAGCUUAAACUUCUCAAUUCUAUUUAAAAAAAAAAAAAAAGCUGGAAUAGUACACAUUUUGAACACUAUAUUCCUCAUAUGGAUUCACUGAUAUAUUCACAUUUUGCCACAUUUGUUUAUGUAUACUUGAUUCUUUGGGGCAAAAGAUUUAGGGGUGAGGUGUCCUAUCGCCACUUCUAAAUACCUCAGUGUGCAUCUCCCACAUAACCACAAGCCUGGCUUCACACCUAAGGAAAUCAGCAUUGCUAACAGACAUCACUUUAAAUGGACUGUCUGCUUUUUAACUGUUGGAAUGGUCACUCUGGUGGUUCUCUUGUUGACACACUUGGGUGCCAGUACAGACCUACGACGAGCUGCGACAGGUCUCUCCAGCAGAGGCUGAAUACAGCAAUGUUUGCUCUUAGAGCAGAGUGGCUAUGCCUGGAUGUGGAGUGAUCAAGACUUGGUCCUCAAUAAAUUAAAUGAAAGGUCUCAACUUGCCCCACUAAUACCUGGAAACAACAGCCUUUAUGGUAAAGGUGUUGUGCUCUAAAGUGCUGUUUUCAAGACGUCACCAGAUUUAACUCCUUAAAGGGAGGGUCUUGUUGGGACUUGACUCCUUGGAUUUUCUCUUUUCUCAGUACCAUUCAGAUCUUCCAUUUGUGUCACCAAUCCCAAAACUUGGGAAACUUACAUCUCUUACAACACUUU